GUGUGGAAGUGAGAGGGUGUGUCUCUGCAGUUAUGGCGUCUUCUUCUGGGUUACGCUCGAGUCACACAGCGAUUUGGCUCAUCAUCGCCGCGUUCGGAGCCAUCGUGGCUGCCGAGGAGAUUAGAGUAGCCGAACUAAUAGCUUCCAAAGCUCCGGCUGAGCCGUUGGCACUAACGUCGGCUCGUCGAAGCUCAAAAGAUACAGCUGCUGGAAACUCGGAGUUCAUACAGAAUGAUAAGAAAAAAUCUUCAUCCGAUAACGAAGUGUUUGAUGGAUCAACAAAGGGACAGCUCAACUUGGUGCUUGCAGAACUGCGUGAAGUUAGGUCGGAAAUUCGGGAAGCACGCCAGGAGCACGGUCGUUUGGCGAGCGGCAUCUCUGAGAUUAGUGGUCAAGUACGAACUAUCAGCGAACGCAAAGACCAGAUAAAGAAAAAGAUCAGGAAGCUCACAAAAAGCUUGUCAAAGAAAGACCAUCACCGUAAGGUAAAGAGUGGUCUUCGCGCUCUACAGCAAGACCAUGAACGCAUCCUUCAGGCCAUGUCAAAAGCCAAAAUCCUGAACCGGGUCUCGCCUCGGCGCAACAAUAGGACUAAUCAAGCAAAUCCGGACGGCACGCACGCCGGGAAAAGGUCCAGAAUGGAAACUAAUGAAGUCGGACUCGGGGAAGAAUCCGAUAACGUAAGCGAAGAAGAAGUAGUCAAGCCUCAGAAAGAGCACAAGAACAAGAAACGGGGCAGGGGUAAUCAUAACCACCAAGAAGAAAUCGAAGAAGUUACCCGGGAGAGUUUGCCUGUCGUCUUAUCUUUCGAGAUCGAACGUAAAUCCACAACGACCACAGAGCCAAUCGAAAUAACUACUCCAGAAUUGCGAAGUUUAGUUGAAGACGCAAUCACUCCGAUACCAUCGCAGGCUCCAUCAACAACCACCACCACCACAACCACACCUGGUACCACUUCUGCCACAAGUACCACAUCAACUUCAACCACAACCUCACCUCCAACUAUGGCAGCUACUACCACAACCACGUCCAUCACGGUACCACCUGAGUCGACUGAAGAGCCCCUACCAACGAAUUGUUAUGAAGUUCUACAGCACGGCAACUGGACCAGCGGUAUAUACACCAUCCAGCCCAACAACAUGAAACCGAUUCAGGUGUGGUGCGACCAGCGCACGGACGGCGGCGGCUGGACCAUCAUCGUGGCCCGCAAGCCUCAGGACAAGCAGGAGGACUUCGCUAGGAAGUGGCAGGACUACAAGAACGGCUUCGGCGACCCCAGCAUGGAGCACUGGAUUGGACUUGAAGCGAUGCACCAGAUGACGGAGGCUAAGAAGCACGAGCUGAGAGUGAACAUCACGGACUGGGAGGACGAGGAGUUCCAGGCGCAGUGGAAAGAGUUUGCGGUGGGCAGCGAGGAACGUUCGUACGUACUGACCAUCGGGCGCUACGCCAGCAGCAGCACUGCCGGCGACGCUCUCAAGUGGCACAAUAGCAUGAAGUUCUCUACCGUCGACAACGAUAACGACGCGCUCAUGGGCGGUCACUGCGCACGCAACAACCAAGGCGGCUGGUGGUACCGCGGCUACCGUGGUUGCUACCAGGCCCACCCAACAGGCCUUUACCAGCGCCUGGAUCAGCCCAGCCUGACAACCACAGAAGCCUCCAAGACUCGCAGCCCAGAGCUCGGCCCCUACCUCUACUGGGUGAACUGGCGCAACAGCGACCUAUUCCCCAAGACGAUGUUCCUCAUGAUCAGGCCCAGCCUCAACUAAACUCAACUCCCCGUACCGUCAUCAGCCAACCAUCAGAUCAGGCAGGCGCUGGACCAAUUCUUGGACAUAUUCAUCACAAAAGUUACUUACAAGUACGAUUGUUGUCAGCUAAUCAGGUCAUGUUUCACGUUAAACAAUACAAACGACUCGUUCGAAAGUUCAAAUUUGCAAUCGCCAGCUUCCCAGAUCAACGAUACUUCAUAGAAGUUUGUGGCACAGGGUUGAGGGCGAAAUCUACGCAAACCCGACAGGCGUGCCAUGCAGACUAACGGAAUGAAUAGCGUUUAGCACCAAAGAAACUUCUAACACUCGGGUAAAUGAGCCAUUGCCGCUGGUAUCUCGAUCGCAAGUGUAGAAACAUUGGUCUUGUUCACAAUUAGUCAGCCUAUUCGAGACAUCUUUAGUAACGAUUUCCUCGUGCCAAAACUAGCACUACGAAUAAUCACAGUAUCGAGAAGAAACCAAUAUACGGACUCUAACUUUACGUCGCGAAUAACUAUGCCUCAUAUUGCUACUUAUCCAAUUAAUAUCCUAUAUCCACGUACUGAGGAUCCUUCAGCACUUUGACAGUUACCUCAUCGAGUCUCUCACCAAGUGAAGUAGUCCGUAGAAUUAAUUUGCGAUUAUUUUAGGGUAGUAAAGUUCUUUUCAGGUAGUCAACGUUGAUGAGUUAGGAUUGUGCUUGAGGAUUAUAUAAGGGAGGACCGUACAAGCGAAUUCAACUUUGACUGGUCACCACGUACUCAAUCAUUCUAAGUUCGACAACUCUCAUCACGUUCAAAACCAGUAAUAAAUGUGCAUUUCUCGUAGCUUCUCGCCAAGCGGUAGAGAUAUUUUUGAAAUUUUCAUGUACGGCAAUUGGUUCAACUAAGUUCGCAGAACCCCAGUACCCAACAAAAACUACAGAUACUAUAAACCGUAGAAUGCGUCUUCAGGCACAGAGGUCAGAAAGUAACAAUAGACUUUUGGUCAUAGUAAUUUUUGACCAUUUAUUGACAAGCAAAGAUGAGCAUAUAACUGGCGCAUAAGUGAACGCUCACCCGGGGAACUGAAUGACAUUGUUCGUUUGUUAGUGAAGGAACUGUUCUUUAUUCAACGUAGUGCAAUUCCCUCCUAGCAUUUCUUCGGUGUUCGAUAGCCUAGCUUUGACAAGUUACUUUAAUCAUUACUUAAAUAAUAUUAUUACUCUAGAAACUCGUCCUUUUCACUUCUUCGUUUGAGAAGUACUUGUCAUUUUGUCGGUAAUCACCUUCAAUAAUAAGGUAUUCUAAAAGCCAUGUUUAAAAGUCGUCAAGACUUCAUACAAGUUAAACACAUGUGGUUUGAAAAACUUCAUGCAUAGUAACUACUUAGUUUUAAUCAACAACCAAAAUGAAAUCAACUUUACCUGGUUUUCUGUUAUUAAAAUGACAAUCAACUGCAAUGAAGCACCUCAAAUGAUAAUGCUCUCUCUUUUGCCAAACUCAUGGAAAAAUGUGUGAUUAUCGAUUCGAAAAUUACACCUUUUUAAAUUCCAGAAGCCUGUCUGGCAGAUUCAAUUAAAAUGAUCUUCUGAUUCACAACGAAAAACAGAAAAAUUAGUUCAAAUUACCACCAAUCUCGCCGAGGGUCAAGAUAGGUAGUAUGCUAGACUGGUCUCAAUUGCAACAUUUUCUGACCGGUUAUAACAGGAAUCAAUGUAAAAUGUUUCUUUACAAAAAGUUCACCCAUAACUCCCAUACGGUAACACAUUUGUAGCAUAUACGGAAAUUAUUAGAAACCUUUAUUAAGUUUCAAAAUCAGGCCUAAUUCAGAGAUCUUAAAAACAACAUUAGAAUUUUUAAUUUACCUACAAAUUCAUCAAAGUUAAUUACUGAACUGGUCCAUUUACACAACGAAUGGCUGAUCGGUAGCAGUAUAAUAGCCUAAUUAAAAGCCAAAUUAAUAUGGUUUCACGUGACUUGCAAUUCUGGAAUUUGUUCCCCAAGCAGUUAAAUUAGCGUAUGAAAGUUUGAUAAAUAUGACACUCUGAACAUUGCCGUCAUGCGACCGUAAUCUAUUCCAGUAACUGUAGUGUUUAAUCAUAUAGCUGUCUUGUGAAUAAAAUUUAU